AACUGAAUUUUCAUGAUUCUGGAGGAGUAAGAUUGACAACAUCACCCUUGUGACAUCAUUGGUCCUCUUCAAGAACUAAGGACUACCACUACCGACAACAACAACAAUAACACCCCACAGCUGCAGGUCCAGAUGGCGUUCUGCCCAGAUUUGUACCUGACCCCAGCCAGGAGGCUGGAUGCUUUUGUGGCUCAGGAGCUCCAACCAGACACGGAGAGGAAAGAGGAAAUCGAGGAUGUUUUCAAGAGGAUUGAGGGGUUCCUGAGGGACCAGUGCUUCCACACGCAGCUCUUCAUAGAUCGAGAGGUUAAGGUGAAGAGGGUGGUUAAGGGAGGCUCCUGUGGGAAAGGGACAACCCUAAGCUAUGGCUCCGAUGUGGACCUGGUCAUUUUCCUGAGCUGCUUCUACAGCUUCCGAGAGCAGGCCAAGCUCCGAGGUCACAUCAUCUCACACGUGGAGGAGAGACUCACCAGGUGUCGGAAGAGCCUGGCCUUUGACAUUCGGAGCAUCACUGUGAGACAGAACGGGCAUAGGAAGGCGGCUCCUCGAUCCCUGUCCUUCUACAUCCAGGCAAAGAGAAGGAGUGAGCCUAUUAAAGUGAACAUGCUGCCAGCCUUCGAUGCCCUGGGAAAUCUUGCCCCAGAUGAGAAGCCACCUUCCGAGGUCUAUGAAAAUCUAAUAAACAGCCAAAGCAAGGCUGGUGAAUUCUCUUCAUCCUUCACUGAAUUACAGAGGAAUUUUUUCAAGCACAGGCCAGCCAAACUGAAGGCUCUUCUUCGACUGGUAAAGCACUGGUACAUGAAAAAAGUGAAAGCUAAAUGCCCCCGAACCUUUCUGCCCCCCAAAUAUGCCCUGGAACUGCUAACCGUCCAUGCUUGGGAAAUGGGCACUCAGAAAGCUGAGAACUUCAGAACUGACGAAGGCUUCGUGACUGUAAUGGAGCUGCUCCGGGAUUAUGAAAACAUUUGCAUCUAUUGGACCACAAAUUACAAUUUCCAAAAUGCCAUCGUUCGAGACUUUGUGAAACAGAAAUUAAAGAAGACUAGACCCAUUAUCUUGGACCCAGCCGACCCUACCAACAAUGUGGGAGAGGGAAGGAGAUGGGAUUUGUUGGCCCAGGAAGCUACCUACUGCUUGAAACAGGACUGCUGCUAUGAUGAGAAUGAUGAAGAAAUCACAGGCUGGGGUGUCCAGGGAGCCAGAAAUGUUCAGGUGGUCCUGAGACAGUCCGAUUGGGAAAACUGGACACUCUGGGUGAAUCCCUAUGACCAAACCUGGAAGAUGAAAGAAACAAUCAAACAAGAACGAGCACUCACAGGUCAGCUACGUCUGUCCUUCCAAGAUCCAAGUGGUGAAAGGCAGCUCCUCAGAGGAAGUGACACGUUAGCUCAAUAUGGGAUCUUCUACCGAAUCGUUAUCUAUUUACUGGAAACCUUCAGCCCUGAGAUCCAGAUCUUUGUGAAGGGCCCCGAUAACCACAGCAAGGUUUAUGCAGCUGACCCUGAUAACUAUAUCCAGGACCUGAAGCAGAAGAUUGAGGAUGCAAGGGGGCCUCCAAUGGAGUGCCAAGUACUAGAGUUCGAAGGUCAAAGACUUCGUGAUUACAAGUGCCUCAGGGAUUAUGGGAUCCAGGACAGUGACACCAUCAUCAUGAGUAAACGCUGACCUCCAAAGAACUGAGAGAAAUAAUUAUCUCACUCUUAUAUUAAUCAUCAAUUACUGAAUCAGGACCAAGAUUUUUUUCCUCCUUAUUUCUUCAUUCAAAGGAAAUAAAACUAGGCUUUUUAAUCUCUGAAGGAUAGAUGAGAUUGCCCAAAUCACCAGGGAUUUGUUGAUGCUUUUGAAUCCUAGGAGGAAGAUUACAACCAACUAGAAAACUUUACAAAGAGUUUAAUCCAAGGUGAAUUCUGAUCCAUUGUGUUCCAUUCAGGCAGGCUCUGGUAGAGGAGUAGAUCAUUUUUCUAGAUUGAUGGAGGCUAGGGGUGGUCUGGGAGCAAGAGUGAUCAAAGUCAUGACCCCCAGCCUCUCAUUAGAAUAAGUGUAUCUCAUUAAUUGUUGACCAAUCAGAGUUGAUUGUUGCAUGUAGGGAGAACUCACUUUUCCAAGGGCAUAAAAGCCUUGAGAGGGCAGUACAAGUGGUCUUUUGGCAUAGAAUAGUGCCAAUGAACCCUUUUAUGAAUUGUUCUCUAGCAAUAAUUCAUGAAAUAAUUAAUUGCAGAGAAACUCUAUGUCUCUCCAACUUUUUAUAUGUCACCAAACACAGACUUCUAUGGGAUACACUUCAGGACAAGAAGAUCCAGAAAACAACAGUGAAUCCCAGGGAUAGCUGGAGAAGAAGCAAGUUAUCAUUUCAGUAUGAUUCAAAUAAUAACUAUUAUUAUAUAAUUAAUGAUAUUGUCCUAAUAGUUAUUAUUGGUAAAGGUUAAUGUCAUUAUUCAAAUAACAAGGGAAAUUUCAUUCAGUUGUAGAAAUUAGGAGAAAACCUUACUGCAUUGUUUAAACCUAGGCCUGUGUAGAUGGGAAGAUGGACAACCUCUACCUGUUAUUUAGAGACCGUUAACAUAGAACCUAGUUACACUCACCAAAAACUGCAAUUUUGUUGCAAGGAGUUUUCUCACAAUUAAGCAACCCAUAUGCCUUAUCUGGAAACAGGCAAGGUACUGGUUAAUCAGUUGUUUCCAUGUUCCAUUGAUUGAAUGAAAAAACCCUUGCAGGGAGUAGAACACCAAUUUUUCUAAUUUCAAGAAAUUGCACCUUUUCGCUUUCCAAUCCUCCCAAUCUUCUCAUUCCAGUCCCAGAGAUCUUCCAAUUCCCAGGACUGUGGAUAGAAACAUACCUGUCUAAGUACUAAAGAUUCUGAAAAUAAAAGGAAUUGUUAGAUGGCAGCUCAGUGCAACAGUGGAUAGAGCAUUUGAUUUCAACUCAAGAAGACCUGAGCUCAAAUUCAGCCUCAGCACUGCUUAAUAAAUUGAAGUGCU